AUGGGCAGCACCAUCAAGGAGGUAUUCCUCGGCAACGCAGAGAGCGGCAAAGAGGGGAUGAUCCCUUCAAACGUCUUUAAGGCGAUGGUGCGAACCGACAUUCUGCCUUUAAUCUUUUUCUCACUCCUCAUCGGCGCCGCUUUGUCCAUGCUUGGGGAUUUCGGCAAACCCGUCAUCGCUGUCAUGUCCGGACUAAAUGAGGCAGUGAUGAAAAUCGUCCACUGGAUAAUGUAUGUCGCGCCGCUCGGAAUCUUCGGUUUAGUCGCAGGCAGGAUCGGCGAGGCAAAGGGAUUCGCAGGCUUCUGGCCCGAACUCGUUGCCGUAGGUAAGUAUAGCGCGACAGUCGUUUUAGGGCUUGGUGUGCACGGUAUCAUCGUUUUACCGGUACUUCUACUCGUCCUCGGACGCAGAAAUCCGUUCAACUACUUCAAAGGCAUGGCAACCGCCUUACUCAACGCUUUUUCGACAGCGAGUUCAAGCGCAACCCUGCCCCUAACGAUGGAAGGUGUUGAGAAUCAGAACGGCGUUUCCAGACGCACCUCAAGUUUCGUCCUACCCUUGGGAGCAACUAUUAACAUGGACGGUACCGCACUCUAUGAGGCGGUGGCUGUCAUGUUCAUUGCACAAGUCUAUGCGAUUUCCAUGGAUCCAGCACAACAAAUCGUUGUUGUGCUUACCGCGACCUUGGCAGCAAUCGGUGCCGCAGGAAUUCCAGAAGCGGGGCUCGUCACAAUGGUUAUCGUACUUAGAGCCGUGGAUCUCCCAAUUGAAGGUAUAACGCUGAUUCUCUCUAUUGAUUGGUUACUUGACCGGUUCCGUACCACAGUGAAUGUCUGGGGUGACAGCAUCGGCGCAGGCGUAAUUGAAACGUAUGAAUCCAGAGAUUCAGCCGAUACCCCGGCAACGGCGUAA